UCCAGAUGACAUAAUUCGUUCGGUCCGUUCAGUCAAAGGUUGUUAGAGGGUUCAAUGUUGGAAAGCAGUUCAGAAAAACACGCAAAAAAUACGUUUGUUUGCUCGUAGAAGUCAGGAGUAUUUUAAGAGAUAUUUGGUCCUAAAAGUAGAAGAUGGAAGACGACGAAGUUUGUCCUUCUCCCGUCAAACGCGAAAGAUUGAAUAGCGAGGUAGUUGCAGAUCAUCAGCGAGUAUGUGUUAUUCAACGACCAAAACAACGGAUUGAACUCAUGUCAGACGAUGAGCAAAAUAGUGCAUAUUAUUGUAAAAGAGGGCCAGUUCUAUCUGAAAAUUCUAUCAACAAUAUCCUUAAAGUUGUUUCUCUGCAGUCCUUUUCGAGUUCAAGGGCUCAACAAUCGAAUAAUGAAGUCAAUAGUCAUCGUUCCGAGUUAGGUUCCGACUCGCCACUUUCAAGCAUAAGGAGCAGCGGUGAAAGUUCACCCAGCAGCGAAGAUUCUAACCCUCAAUUUACGCCAAUACCAGAAAUUGAAAGAAAUGCGUCCAGAAAAGGUAGUUCUCGUAGACGGGGAGAAAAGGUUGCAAGCUCUAUGAAAGACGACAAAUAUUGGGAGAAAAGACUAAGGAAUAAUGCAUCCGCCAAGCGUUCUAGAGAUGCUAGACGCGUCCGUGAACUUGAAUGUCAAAUACGAUCUGAAUUUAUGGAAGAAGAGAAUCGAAAGCUUGAAGAAGAAAACAAGAUGCUUCGAGAGGAAAAUGCGAGACUUUCAAAGAUGAUCCAAGAACUAAAAUCCAGAGCAUAAGUCUUUACAUCACACCAUUCUCCUGUAUAAAAUGACUCAUUGUUCUUCGAAAAAUGUUGUGAUGUUAGCGGGGCGAGUCGUCGACACCACUAAACAUUUGCCGUCAAUCUGAAAGGUUUCAUGUAAAUAACUGUAGAAUCUCAUAAGCUACCCAGGAAUAUUUUUUACGUUCAUUAACAUUUCUGAUUGUGAAAAACUACAUCGGUUUUUAGUGUGACGCAAUCGAUACUUCUCGCACUCUAAAAAGUUUGUACUUUAUUCCAUUUAUUGGUUGAAGUAUUUUCAGUUCUUUUCCAAUCGUAAAUACUAGUACUUUUGUAUUGGAAGAGAUUUGUAAGUAAGAUAUGUUAUUAUUUUCGUUAGAAAAAUGAUAGUUUGGUUGAAGAGUCGAACAGACGGGCGAUUAUGCAAUUGGCUAUGUAAACAUGUUGACUUGGGUUGGGACUUGGUCACGGACUCGCGUCCAACUUGUCCACUUGAGCGUAUUUGUUUUCAAUCAAUACAAACACAUGUACGAUUUCUUUUUAUUACAGAAAGUUCCAAUUCAAGUCUUUUUUCAAGUUUUCUUGCUUAAGAAAGCAACUUUUUGCAAUAAUCGUUCACUCACGCAUGUAAAUAUAAAUAUCUUCAUGCCCUUCUGUAGUUCAGUUCUGUUGAACAAUGUUAUAUAAAUACAAUCCAUUCAGAAAGUAAAAGAGAAACAGAGUAUGUGA